AUGCAGGCUUGUGAAGUCGCUGCACUGAUAUUGCUGACUGUAGUGAGCUGCUCCAGACAGUAUGAAGAGGCUCAUCCUCAGGCUUUCCUAACCCUGCAGCCUGCCUGGUCACAGAUAUUCCCAGGAGAGACAGUCACCCUGAGCUGUGAGAUGGAGGGGGGCUCUGCUGACUGGAGGUUUAAACAGUACAGAGAUGGACGUGAAGGUUGCAGUGAUCAAUACAGCAGGAGAUAUGGGGACAGCUGCACAAUCAGUUACUCUCAGCAUUACCACAGUGGAGUGUACUGGUGUGAGUCUGCAUCAGGACAGGAGCGCAGUAAUACUGUCACCUUAGCUGUGUCCAAUCAAUGGGUGAUCCUGCAGACUCCUUCCCAGCCUGUGUUUGAGGGAGACACUCUGACUCUGAGGUGUCGUGUCCGCACAGGUUAUACAGCUACCAGGGUUGCAUUUUAUAAAGAUAAUAAAGAUUUACAGUACAGGACUGGCACAGAGCUGAGUGUGGAUCGUGUUUCAAAGAGUGAUGAGGGGUUCUACAGGUGCAGAGCAUGGUGGUGGGACACCGCCUCCUGGACUGAAUCUUGGAGUGAAUCUGCAGAGGUGCGGGUGUCAGUGAGAGAACGACCCCAGGCUGUCCUGACCCAGGAGCCUGCAUGGACACACAUAUACGAAUCAGAGAGAGUCACACUGAGAUGUCAGGUUCAGGGGGGUUACACUGACUGGAGAUUCACAUGGUACAAAGAUGGGAGGAAUGCUCCAGUAACCCAGGAUUACUACAGCAGUAUAGAUGGUGACAGAUACACAAUUAGCUCUGCUACUAGAGACCACAGUGGAGAAUAUACCUGUAAAGUUGAAAGGAGAGGUAACCCAUCGUACUCUAAAACAAGCGAUGCUCUUACACUGAGAGUAUCAGAGCUGUUCAGCACAGCCACUCUGACAGUGCUACCUGGUGCCUCAGUGUGGGAGGGAGAGGCUGUGACUCUGCAGUGUGGGGCUCACAUAAAUAAACAGGGCACACAGCUGCAGUACCGCUAUAGCAAAGACAAUGGGACUGUGAGAGGAGCGGGAUCACAGGAUCAGCACUCAAUCCCAGCGGCAGGGCUGAGAGACACAGGGAGAUACCAGUGUGAGGUGGAGGCAGCAGGGACGGGGCUGAAGGAAAGGAGUGGUUCUGUGUCACUGACUGUGAGAGCUCUGUUCUCCAGGGUGACUCUGACAGCAUCUCCAGGAGCCACAGUGAAGGAGGGAGAGGCUCUUAACCUGACCUGUGAGGCAGCAGUGAACAAAACCCCCCGCCCUGAACUCCACUACACCAUUGUGAGAGACGGGGAGCCUGUGACUAACAGCACUGACUCUGCACUGUACAGCAUAGCCAGCACUGAGAAGAGUCACACUGGGAGCUACACGUGUGCUGUGGAGUCACAGGGAGUGAGGAAGAGCAGCCAGGAGCUACACAUUGAACUACAAACGUCCUGGCACAGCGCUGCUGCUGCUGCUGGCUUCAGUGUCAGCUUCUUUGUGAUUCUUCUCAUUGUGUUCACUCUGCUUCUCCUCUAUCACAAGAUCAGAGGUUUCCCGUGUAUCACCGGUGGUAAGAGGAGGCAAGUCAGCACAAGUAUGUGUACAGACAGGGUCCUCGUCCACUACAGCACUGACAAGCAUUUCUCAUGACUCGAGGGUUCAACCCCAGCUUCUCUUCCACCUUCACAAACACUUCUUUAUUCUGGUAAUGGGGUCCAUGACUAGCAGUAGUGUCUUUCGACCCCUCAGCACAACACAGACUGGACAGGAAAUG